UUUCUCAUUUGACAACAGCCAUUGCUUGACAUUGACUUGUUGAAUCCUCAGACACAUACUUUGGAGCUUCGCCCAGAUACGCAACAGUGGCGGCAACAACCGCGUGAUCAAUUGCCACCACCUGUGAUGGAGGGCGAGCUCUUCUUUCUUGACAGAAGAAGGAAACAGCAGCAACGGAAGAAGCUACUCUAUGCAAUGAUGGAAGGACACCUGCUAUUCUUGUUGGAUCCUGGAAAGGCAACAAGACCGCCGGAUGAGAUCCCGAACGGCGGAAGACACCAUACUCGGUUCACAUGGGCACGUUCUCUCUUUGCGACGCAAGCACUGCAUGUACGAUCACUGACUCGACUGUUUCGCCCGUCGAGCAACGUGAGUGUCACCUCGACGACGCAACAUGCAGCACAAGCUGAAUUUACCCGACGCUCAGCGAACAUCAUGAGUGCGGUGGCCGUCAUUGAUAUGACUCGUGCAACCAAGGUGCGACGCGUAUCGACAGAGCAACGGACAACAUUCGAAGUGAGCUUGGGCAACACGAACAAGACACAAUUGCAUUUUGAAGCGUCGACAAUGCACACCAUGUUUGAGUGGAUUCAACGCAUACAACGAAUUGUCCAAUGUCAACAGCAACUGCGACAACAACAACAACAACAACAACAACCGACGGCGACGACGACUACCUUGCCACCGCAACUCCAAGAACGGAGCGUUUUACAUUCGGGCAUGCUGUAUGUGCGACAAGACUAUCUUAGCACAUUCAAGCAGCUGUACUGCAUAUUGACGCGGGAAAAGCGACUGGUUUUGUACAACACGUGUCGGCAGCGAGUCUGGAACGAGCAUUUUGUGACGCUGUCCCUGGAUCAGCAAGUCUAUGUUUAUUCAGCAGAAGAUGAUGUGGGCAGUCAAGACAGCCGUGGCAAAACAAAGCAGCCACCGCGUAUGUUUGAGGACGGAAGGACAGUGGAGAGCAGCAGCACGGAGACAUGCUCGUUUGUGAUCUGGCAGACAGCACAGCGGCACCUGCUGGUGACAUUGCGCGAGCGGCUGUCGACGCUCAAGUUUGGACAUCGGCUCGGACGCAAAGGCACAGUGUGGGUGUGCUUGGCGCGAAGCCAGGAUGAGAAAGAGGCGUGGGUAUGCGCAAUGCACCAAGCCAUCGACCAGGUCUCGUGACAAUAGCAGAGGGCAUGUUUGACAACACUCUCGCGGGUGGUGGUGCUUGUUUUUUUUUGGGGAGAGGGCGAACCCAUCAUAAUGCAUCAAAGCUUGUAUCCAAAUUAACCUCAUUUCCCUCACUCUCCCUCCCUCCCUCUCUCUCUCCCUCUCUUUCGCUCUUCUCGCUCUUUCUCUCACACACACGUCUCUUUUCUUUGUUUCUUUCUUUCAUCUUCUUUGUUCCACAACAACAAUAGCAACCACAACGCACGCAUACUUCUCUUUUGCACGUAUCAUUUUUAUUAAUACUACUACUACAACUACUACUACUGCCCAACAAUAAAACCACCCACGCAUCAUUCUUGAUAAUGGCAUCCUCCGCAACUGCGACAGCAAUCCCUCCGCCGCCGUC